AUGAAGAAGACGGGAAAAAUCAUGUUUCUCCAAAGGCUACAAGACAAGAAUCACUUGUCAAAGGGGAAAGGAGAGCGGGGAGCGGAAAUGAUGGAGCAACGGAUGGCAGCAAAACUUGUAAUUAUUGGAAAAUGGCUUGAGAAAAGCAAUGUGUGCUGUCGUCUUGAUGCGGGGCGGAGAGCCGACCUGAAAAUGGCAUCGAGGUUCAGCCUGCAUUUCCAGAGUCUGACAGGCUCGGCAGUUGGUGGUACCUCAUCUUACCAUAUCUGGCAUUUACGCCUGAAUAGAAGGGUUCUCGGAAACCGAUCUAUUUAUCGGACUGGCGGCCGCGAUAAGUUCAACAUUUUGAAGCUUUGUCUGAACGGGUUUACGUUUGUCAAGAAGGGAGGCAGAAACCAGACCUGGCCAUAUACAUCACGCAUUCUUCCACUUGAGAUCCACGAGUCAAAUUUCAGUCCAUUUCACAGUGGUAAACUUCCUACUCAACCCGACCUUAAGAAUAGCUUGCAGACGGAGCGGCCCCACACGGCGCCCCGAGCUAAACGAGCGGCGUGUACUUCAAGACGGCAAUUUUCGGACUUUGCAGUGGUCAAGUCUCAGAACCAUCUAACGACAAUCCAAGCAUUAUCCCACAGAGAGGGAGAGGGCUCAGAUCCAAAGCAACGCGAGUGGCCCGGCCGGGAGCAUCCCAGUAACUCCGGGGUAGCAGCCGCGAUGCCAGCCCAUCUCACUUCCAUCCCAACUCUGACCGCAGCCGGGUGUUGCGUCUCAUUCUUCCCCCUUUCCCCGAAACCUUGCGCGGGCAUACUGGCAAUAAAACAGCGAAUCGGAAUAUCGCACUGGGGUUCCCCGUCACUUUUCAGGAAAAAAAUCGUCCAAAGUCAUUUCGGUAGAUCGUGCUUCAACCGCGAGCAUACAUGGUGUGUUACUUUGACGGCGUUCAAGCCCCAUGAACUGCCCCUUCUCACCAUGCAUACGCGGUCGGGUCUCGGUCUUGAGGGGCUGGGGCGGUUCUCAACAAACCGACCUCUUACUACAACCUCAAAAAAUGUCCAGCUUGCUCAUCUAGACAUGAAAACAGCGCAAGCUUACUACAAUCCAAUGGCUUGUAACCCAGAUUCCAUCGGUGGUGGUCACAGCGCUGAAGAAACGUCAAACUGGGAGCAGUAUGGCGAUACUUUUGUCUUGUAA